GUGCCCAAAGAAAAAGUCCAAUCAUUACACGACAGCAUCGGUGCGUAUUCGAGAGCUACUAGAGCAGAAUUCGAUACGGUGUGGUCUAAUCUCAACGCCCACAACACCAACCUGGAGCUCAACGAGAUUGGUACCAAUGUUGACGCAGAGCACACUAUGGUCAGUAGGGUCAAGCACGGCCUCGAAACUUCUAUCGGUACCAACAUAAACAAUGUGAUAGCAGCAGCCAGUGUGAGCGAGGAGACUUUGAUAUCUCACCUCACCACGUUGAUGUCUACCCUGGACAUAGAGGGGCGAAGACUUACCUCAAAUUUGAGUACCAUGAACCACGGCAUUAUGAAUGCACUCAGCACGCACGAGAAUAAUGCGACAUCUCGCCAUGAGCAUUUAACGACUGCCAUGGACACGAUCGAGCACAACCAAUGUGCACAUUUCGAGGCAAUGAGCAAACCAAACGACACGACCGCCUCAGCCGCUCAAAGGUCUCGCCAGGACAUCUCACAUCUCGGACAGAAUAUGAACAAAGCAACGACUGCUCCCAGAUUCCCCAGUCCGAACCUUGUAGCGUGUCGUGGAGAUGACGUUACUAUCAGCUGGAUCACAACGAAUGGCGACAGAUAA